CUCCAGCACGGGGUGCAUCAUCUCUAUGCCAAUAACAGCUCAGGAACAGGCUGAUAGAGCACCUGAUCCUCUCAAGAUACCCCAGGUGUCCUUUCUUUUAUCCCACUGUCAUUGCAAACAGUAAUUGCUAAGUCCAGCUCUCCAUGCAGGCAGAGAUGGCCCUGAAUGUUUCUAGCAGACUUCCAGCUUCGGAUUCCUACACUCAAAUGUGGACACCAGUUUGUUGCACACCAGCAGGAGUUGGACUGGAAUGGGGCCCAGGUCUGCCCCAGGGAUAAAGAAGGGCACAGCUCUGACACAGCUGGGUAGCAGAGAACACAUCUGGGGUGAGCUUAAAUCCAUCCAGGGCAGUUACAUUCACUCUUGCCACUUUAAGUACUGUUAAAGCACAAAAUGUUGUUUGGCUCUCCUCGCAGCAUAUAUAUGAUGACUAACUAACGUGGGUCAGAAACCAGAGCAGAUCAACCCCGGGGUCAUGUGUGGGUGGGCACACACUGCUUUGUUCAGAAUGAGAGACAUCUGCAGCAGGUGUUGGGGCAGUUUUGGACCAAGGGUUUGGUGCUGGGCCACCCGCAGCCAGGCUGACCCCCCAGGAAUUUGCCCCUCAGCCUCACUCCAUAGCGCUGCCUCUUCACCAUGCCUGGCUGAGGCUGGAGAGAAGUCACACCAUAGGCAGGCAUUGGCUCCACAGUUCCCGGUUUCAGAGGAGCAAACAGAGUAAACAUCCUGAGUCCCAGAGAAGUGCUGUCACACUGCAGAGGACAGGCACUGGGUCCCUGCUCAAGCACUCUGCAGCCCACUCUGCAGGCAGCUCCGAGCUCUGGUGUUUACUCUGCUUGUCUGCAAGGGGGUGGGAAAACAAACUCCACAUAAAAGCAAAGGUAGGAAACCAUCUAAGCCUCAUCAAAUCAUCACCAUCAUAAAACCAAACCAUUUGUUAUCAUUAAAACAUUCACUUUUUACACUUACAACCUGUUCUGGAACAAAUGCUACCUAUCACUCACUUGCUGAUAACCACUGCCGAAACUGGAGGUUUUGACAUUAAUCACAAUGUUUAUUUCAAAGGCAAAUCCUUCUCCUAAGCACUUGAUUUUCAUGCAGGUAGUACUUUUGUAGGAAAAACAUUCACUUGCAAGCAGCGUUACUACACACCUCCUCUAAACACUGCCCCGGAGCCUGGUACACAAGCAAGGGGAAGCUUUGUGGGUUUCUCCAAGCUCUGCAGCCUGGCCCUGGUGCUGCCAUUCCCUGCUCUCACCCUAGGCACACGCAUUUCCCCGUGCAAGCUGGAAGAAGGGAAAACAAAAUCGUGAGGCGGCUGGGCCAGCUGCUUUGGGACGGCGUUGGGGGCUGGCAGGGAUCCAGCUGACUGCACUAUAUAGCUGUCAGAGGGAGAGCUGGGCUGCAGAUCGAGUCGCAGCCAUCGCGCACCCUUUUCCUGCAGCUGAGGAAGGAGAAGCGUGCCAAGAUGUGCAAAGGACUCGCCGCGCUACCGCAUACAUGCCUGGAGAGGGCCAAGGAGAUCAAGACCAAGUUGGGCAUACUGCUCCAGAAGCCUGACACGGCCAUUGACUUCAUCGUCCCCUACCCGGAGAAGCCAGAGAAGCCAGCCAAGGCCGUGAAACCAUCCCCAGAGGAGGUCCUGCAGUGGCGUGACUCACUGGAGAAGCUCCUGCAGAACCCCUAUGGGCUCGCCAGCUUCCGCACCUUCCUGUGCUCCGAGUUCAGUGAGGAGAAUGUUGAGUUCUGGGUGGCCUGUGAGGACUACAAGAAGACCAAGUCCCCUGUGAAGAUGGAAGAGAAGGCCAAGAGGAUCUAUGAGGAGUUCAUCCAGACCGAAGCACCCAAAGAGGUGAACAUUGACCACUUCACCAAGGCUGUGACCAUGAAGAACCUGGUGGAGCCAUCGCCGAGCAGUUUUGAUAUGGCUCAGAAGAGGAUCUUUGCUCUGAUGGAGAAAGAUUCCCUGCCCAGAUUCGUGCGGUCGGAGUUUUAUCAGGAGUUAAUCAAGUAGCAAUGCGGCCAGGCUGCAUGAGGCAGCUCACCACGGGCAGCCCUAUUGCUUCUGUCUCAGCACCUACUCCUAUAGCCACUUUGCUUUCAUGAUGCCACCCUACAAGAGCACUUAGGAAUGCUGCUAAACACCUGCCUCAGUGCUUUGGACUCUCAGAUGUCCCAGUGUCUCCUUUCUUUCCCAUAGAAGACCAGCUCACAGGAUCACCAGGUGAUGCUCCCGGGCCUGACUAGUUCAAAACACUGGCAUUGUUUAGCAACCCUAUGUACCAAGCUCAUAGUUUCCAGCCCGCAGCUGCAUCCCUACUGUCCACAUGCAGCCUGGUGGCAUCUCUGGGGGUGCUGCUGUGAUCGCUUCUCUCUCUGGUUGCUUCUCUGCAGCAGGCAUGCCACAGCGAUACUUCUGCACAAACCCAAACCAGGGGCACAGGUGAGAGGAAGGAGGACUGUCAUGCUGGGGGAGAAAAGAGCUGCUGGGUGAAGCCCGUCAGAGCAAAUUCCAGGGAACAUAAAGCAAGCAAACAGCAAAGCCAAAGAUGUCAUUGGAAAUACGAACAAUAAAACCCCAUCUUCUUGAACAGAUAACAAACUCUGUUGAGUUUGUGUAGCCUGCCUCUCUCUUCUGUCUCCCUCUCUCUGCCCAGGGCACGUGUUUCUACAAGGCCAUCUCCUAAAAAGACUACAUCUUUUCAAGCAAUCCAAAUCCAGCCUGCUGUCUGCUACCAGAAGAAAUUGCAUCUGACGAUGGGGCAAAGGCACAUGCAAAAAGUAGCUGGGGCCUCAUCCAGCCCCGAACCAGAGAGUCCCUGGAUGUGGAAUGAGCUGAGCCCCAUCCCUGGGGGAUCCCUGCAGCAUCUGUGUGCAAGGAGCAGCAGACAGGGACUCACUGCCUGCACCCACCUGCACUCAGACUGCUAAACUUUAGGCCAUGAGGCUCCACACAGCCUCUUCAGCAUUUACAGAAUCGGAUCAAACCUCAGUAAACCCAAAUAUUUACAUGCUGUCACUAUGGCAACGAAUAAAAAUACCACAGGAAGUGGGCAGGGAGGGGAUACAGGGGAAAGAUGAAGGCGACCAUAAGCAUGAUGUUGGCAGUGGCUUUUUUUUCUCCUCUCAAGCAAGUGGCUGGGAAAGUCGGAGCUGGAGCAGCAGGUGAGGCUGGCAAAUCCUCUGGAGUGGCUCAAGCUGCCCAAAGGUGUGGGAUAACCUCAGCAUGGGUGCAUGGCAGGAGUGGGCAGGAGGCUCAGGAAGUGCCACCAUCAGGAUAUCCCCACCACAACCCGCACGUCUUCAUGAAGAGGUGCUACCAUUACCAAGUCUGGCAUGUUUAACCUCCCUGUUCACAGCAUAGAAAUGCAAAUCCAACCAGGCUUCUCCAUGGAAAGACCCAGACCUUUAAUUCCCACGAAUGCUUUGGCAGCUAUUUCUAGAUACCCUCACGUGUUUCGCAGUUGAACACUGAUGUUGAGGCUCUUGAAGUUUGGAUUCUACUGGAAGCUGAAUGUGCAAAGAAAACCUGGGAUGUCAUUGGCUGCAGCAGCUCUGCGUGGGGCAGGAAAACAGGGCUGGGGUAUGUGAAUGCCCAAAAGAAAGCUGAAGGCCAUGGAGGUGAAACAGACCCAUUGGGAAUCCCACCCCAGCUCGACCUCUACUGAAAAUGUUGGAAACUUGCUUUAGGGGUGAUGUAACAGUUCCAGCAAGGAACAGGGUGGCCAUGAAUUGUGCCCCCAGAGUGUUUUGGAGCUCUUGUGAAGUUGUGUUUGUGUAGAAGGCUCGUUUGGGCAUGCUUACCUGGAAACAUAGCGAUGCUUGCACCGCAUGGCCAGGCUUUCUGCAGGCCCAAGAGUGUUUGCUAAGUUAGUAACAACCAUCAUAUCUCUGGUAGCAAAUGCUUCAUGUAUUUUGUCACUCUUGCUUUUACCAAGUUUGGCAUAUAUAUGAGCACUCUUCACAUGACAUUAUACAUCUAUAACAUUGCAUCCAUACUUAAGUAUACACACACACAUAUACAUACUCUUAAUAUUGGCAUCCAGAUCCAAGUCAGUCUGUGAAUCAAAGUGCAGGAUAUGGUGCCUGGGGUCUGAGGGAUAAGUAAAUGGAUUUAGCAUGGUUCCCAACACCACCAAGGGAAACCUCAGCCCCUCACCUGCUGAAAAGAGAGGUGCACCCUCCCUCACACCCUUAGAGGCCACCCUGUGCCAUGGCUCUGGCACUGCGCACCCCAAGGCCCAUAGGGUGCCUGGGGACCCUCCUCUGCCAUGGGGCAAGGCAACCCCAUGAUGCAGCCUGGGCCCCAGCACCAUCCCAGCAUGGGAUGGCCAUUGGUGCCCGUGGGUGGCUGAGGGUGUCCCAGGGUUCAGUCCAGCCCCUGGCCACUGGUCUGGGCUCCCUGGCUGGGAAUGCAGAGGGCCAUGGCCAACAUCCAAGGUUGGAGCAGGAUGGGUUCCUUACAGAUCCAAGGAGCUGCUUCUCAGUUUGAUGUUCUCCAUGUGGUUUUCAUGCUUGAAGAUGCGGGAUGUUGAUGUGCACUGAGGAACUGGUUGCAUUAACCCACAUUCUUGUACCACUCAGUAAUCCACGUAUAAACAUUUAUUUCUGCUACCGUC